GCCUGCAGUGUAGAGAUGACGCCAGUGGCCACCUGGAUGACGGCGCUCAUGGUGUUGGACACUUCAAACACGGCUUCCUUGUCCUCCUGGGAGGCACGUGGCAGGAGGAAGGAUGCCAGCGCUGCGCUGCUCAGUAACUAUGAGAGCUGAAAAGCUUCAGCUGUUGAAUCACAGGCCAGUGACUGCUGUUGAGAUCCAGCUGAUGGUGGAGGAGAGUGAAGAACGGCUGACAGAGGAGCAGAUAGAAGCUCUGCUCCACACCGUCACAAGCAUCCUCCCUGCGGGGCCAGAGGCUGAGCAGAAGCAAAAUACCAGCGAUGACGUGACAAUGGACGAAGAGGACCCAGCAUAGAAGAGCACAACUGGCCCAAGUGUCUCGUGAAGUUGAAAGACCCAGCAGCUAUUUCCCAGACGUUCAGAGGAUUAUUUAUUUGGUUUUACCUUCUAUCCCAACAGGCCUGAUUUCCCGGUUAGUUGGGUAAACCACAAAAAUAAGCCUUUCUCAAAAACAAGCUAAAAAGAAAUCCUUGUGCCUCUGAAAGAAGAAACAUGGUGGAUAGGCUGAGGUUGUCAGGGCAGAGAGCUAAAGAGAGGAAGAGUGAGUCCAAGAGGACAAUACUAUGGAACUCUCUGUGGUAAAAAUAUUUCUUCUGUGGCCUUUGCCAUGGUUGUGGGAAGGUCCCUGUACACAGCUGGUAAAAUACUUGCACUGGCCUUGAUGGGCCAUAUCCUAAUUAAUUUCACCUGCUUCCCCAGGAGCUUCCCAAGCAGGCAUGCAGAGCACUGCUAGGAUGAGAGCUGAGUUACGAGAAUCCUGUUGGACGACUAAAAACUCCCGAAGCAGCAAAUAGUUGCUCUAAGUUAAAAUGAGCCACUGAACUGGGUUCACCUUAGAGGAAUCUUUUCCUUGAGAACAGCAGAGAUAAGAGAACGCCUGGACAACUCUUCAUUAGGUCUAAAGGCCCCUUUCCUCUGCUGGCAUGGGCUUUGUUUACAGCUCACUAAUUAGUCUUAAAUGGUAGGGCACCAGCUCACUCCAGUUGAAAAGAGGCACUCCAGACUGAAUGACCGUGUCACCUGCCUUUCUGAAUACCUUCAGUUUCCUGCCCUGUGACAGGCUCUGCCUGUUGAAGCCAGGUGAGCUUCAUUUGCACAAUGGGCAAAUUGUUUGCAUCUUUUAAAAAGGGCAAUUCCCUGGGGUUCCAGUGGUUAGGACUCUGCACUUUCACUGCUGAGGGCAUGGGUUCAAUCCCUGGUCGAGGAACUAAGAUCCCACAAGGUGCAAAUUGUGGCUCGAAACAAAAAAAAACCCAAAAAUGGAGAGGGUACAGUUAUGUAGCUCUUUUUGUGGAUGGAAUAUGAAGAGCUAGAGGUUAAUUAAUAAGAAUUUGAAUUUGUUGACUGUUGCAUCAGUUUUUGAAUUUAAAAUAUUAGAAUAAUUACCAUGUGAAGAACUUGUUAAUAUUCAGGCUUUGGAGAGUUUAGUAGCCCCAGACAUGUAGUUGCCUUAGAUCCUAGGAAUAUUGUUAAAAAUUAAUUUCCCAUAUUCACUCUGCUCCCUAUUUGGGGAAGAAAAUGCCCAUAGACAUUAAUUUUUCAAAUUGGUACUCAUGUUGUAAGAUCACAUUUUCAGUGCUUCUGUUAAUUGGAUUACUUCCCACCCCUUGGAAUUCCCAGGUUAUUUCAGCCUCCCCACCACCCCUGCCAAUAGGCAGUUAUGUUCAUCUUAACCUUAUCAUCUAAAGAUCAGUUGAGAUCUGCUUACAGGCAACAUUGAAAUUAACAGGGCAUUUAUUUUUUAUUUUAUAUUUUUAAAAUUAAUUUUUAUUGGAGUAUGUUUGCUUUACAAUGUUGUGUUAGCCUCCACUGCACAACAAAAUGAAUCAGCCAUACACGUACAGGGCAUUUAUAUUUUUAUUUUUCAUUGCAGAAAGAAUUCAGUGAGAGACAAAGUGAUAGGUAAGAAGUGGAUUUAUUUAGAGAGAAACACACUCCACAGACAGAGUAUGGGUCAUCUCAGAAGGUGAUAAAGGCCCAGGGCAUUUAUUUUUAAAUCUCUCUUUUGAGUAUCAGGAAUUUUACCAGGAGCUGUUGAUUUGUCAAGGCAUGCAUGUGCUUGUAUUAUUUUUGUUGCAUUUUGACCUUGAGUGUGUUAGGUGCUUUUUCUUCAUGGAUUUAGGGCUUAAUUAGUUAAUAAUAAAUUGUUUGCAGGUGACUGC